GGUUGGUUUGAGUUUGUUUUUGCUCCGUUUUUCCUUAAGGGGGGGGGACCCGCGCAUCCAAACAAACUCUUCUGCGAGUGCUGCCGGCAUUCUUCUCUUCCACCCUGUACCGCUCGCUGUUUUAAGUUCGCUGCCAUGGUGCAGCACCUCUUCGGCUCGAAACUGUUUCCGUUCUAACCCCCCCCCCCCCCCCCUCGCUUUCUAUCGUUCUUCGCGCGCGUGUGUCUCUUCGCUUCGCUUGGAUACUUGUGCUGAUGCUUUGCUGACGGGCCGCCGGAUGGUGCUGCAAUGCCCAGGUGCCUGAUGGCCAAGAAGUGGAAGGCCUACCCUUGGCCGGACCGGGGCGACAACGUGGACGCCGAGGCCAUGACGCCGGCCUCGGCCUCCGCCCCGGCCCAGGCCUCGGACCAGCAGGACGACGAGGAGGAGAUCGACGUGGUGGGUGACAGCUCGCCCAUCAAGACGUCCGUGAUCCGGCGGGCCGGCGGCGGCGGCGCUUCGGUCAUCCAGGAAGCGCCGCGGAGUGCGUCCGCCACCGCGGGGACGACCGGCACCACCUCGACGUCGUCCUCGACCUCGUCCUCGGCGCCGCACCAGCCCUCCUGCUGGAGCCCCGCCAGCCCCACGGCCGGGGCCACGGCGCCCAGCCCGCCGCCCAGCGAGUCGCAGGCCAUCCCGCCGACCUCCGCCACCCUCGAGACCCGCGUCUCCGUGCUCUAUCAUGGCUACGAGCUGACAGCGCUACCCUUCACGGCCUACCUCGGCCACCACCCCACGCUGCCGCCGCUGUCCCCGGGCUCGCCCGCGCCCACCUAUGCCACCCUGCAGCCGCCUUCGCCGUCCUCGUCCACGCCGAGGCGGUGCUUCACCAGCACGGGCGCGCAGCUCUCGCUGCCGCCCAAGAAGAAGGACAUCUACCGGCCGUACUCGCUGGAGCCGUCGCCGGGGUCCUCGCCGCAGCCGCUCGACGUCCGGGAGGAGGACGACGGCCCCCGGCCGCCCUCGCCGCGGCACCAGUACGUCGAGGUGACGCGGCCAGAGCCCCAGCGGGCGCGCCCCAUCACGCUCAGCAUCACGCCAGGCACGCCCGUGCGGCCCAUCCCGCUCGACCCCAUGAGCUACCAGACGCUGGACACGCGGCCGCCGCCACUCAGCCUGAGCACGGCGGCGCCGGACGACCUGACCGCCGCCCACGCCAUCCUGGACCUGAGCUCGUCCACCCUGCCGUACCCGCCGGCGCGACCCGCCAGCCCCAUGCACCACCAGGGGCUGCACCUCCACCACCACCAGGAGGAGGCCGAGCAGCCGCACCCCCUGCAGCACGAACAGGAGAAGCCGGGCACCAAGGGCGGCAAGACCGUCUCCUACACGUACGAGGCCUUCUUCGUGAGCGACGGCCGCUCCAAGCGGAAGUCCUCGUCGUCCGAGGACGAGUGCUCCAACAACACGGACAAGAAGGGGCGCUACGUGUGCGGCGAGUGCGGCAAGCGGUACGCCACGUCCUCCAACCUGUCGCGGCACAAGCAGACGCACCGCAGCCUGGACUCGGGCUCGGCGCGCCAGUGCAACGUGUGCGGCAAGGCGUACGUCAGCAUGCCCGCGCUGGCCAUGCACGUGCUCACGCACCAGCUGACGCACGCGUGCGGCGUGUGCGGCAAGCUCUUCUCGCGGCCCUGGCUGCUGCAGGGCCACCUGCGCUCGCACACGGGCGAGAAACCGUACGGCUGCGCGCACUGCGGCAAGGCCUUCGCCGACCGCUCCAACCUGCGCGCCCACAUGCAGACCCACUCGCAGGACAAGUCCUACUCCUGCCACCGCUGCCACAAGAGCUUCGCGCUCAAGAGCUACCUCAACAAGCACCUCGAGUCGUCGUGCGUCCGCGACGGCGCCAGCUCGUCCGAGGAGUCCUCCAUGACGGGCUCGGUGGAGGAGAGCAACAGCUCGGCCUUCGCUGCCCCCAGCAUGGUGGGCAUGCCGUUCGCAGCGGCCUGCUCCGCCUGAACCACUGUACCGACUCAGCACAACUUGCCAAAGAAAGAUAUUUUGUAACUGGCUGAGUGAAAUUACGCGAUGCUCGCUCCGUCCCACUCUCUCUCUCUUUCUCAGAGCGUGGCCGGGCUUUCUUCAUUCUCCUAUAUUGUGGCCCGGUCAUUAUUUUUUACAAAUUUUAUAUACGUCUUUUCGCGGACAGAAGACAGCAAAGCCGGGUCCAUGAUUUGAUGUUGUUGUCGAGCGAAUGUGUGCAUUUUAUGGACUAUAGCUUGACCGGUGAUGCAGUGGUUUGUUUACCAUGGUUUUGGAAGUUAUUUGCUGAAUUGAUGUUUGACAUUUUAUUAGACUUGAGAGAAGCUAAAUGGGAUGCACGCUUUGACAAACCGUCUGCAAGGUUUGGUUAGAGAUUUGUACAGGUUAUUUAUUUAGUCAAGUUUAUAAAAUCGUUUGUUUUUUAUUGCGACUGGACGUUUAUUUAAAGAAAAACUGAAAAGUUUUUAAGGUAAGUAACACCGACCAGUAGUCGGCUAGUCUUAAUUCUUAGACAGUUUUAGUGAGAAGUAACACUUUGCUAGUCAGCGUGCAUAGUCCUAGUCACUCACUAGUCGGGACCGAAAAGCAUUUGGUUAGCAUUGGCUACCAAUGUCUUCACUUUUACCACGUAGUAAAUUAUUACUUACACAGCUCAGGUCCUACCGCGAUGUAACAUUCUGGGUGGGGUUAUAUUUAAAAAUAUACAUGUUUGAAGUAUAAUAUUAUUUACACGGAAUAUUAUAAGAUUGAUAUGCUACGCAUAUAGCUCACGUAACUCCAUGCAAGGUAUGUUUACCGGCUUUCCUUACAUUUUAGGGUUGGCUUCGAGAAAAUUGCCAACACAGGCAGUGGUCUUUUGUUAGGUGAUAACAUUAGUGAUAGACCAAAAGACUUAAUAAGUUAAACAUUUUUUCUUUUGUUUAAAGUUAUUGAUCUCCGUAACUUCAAAAACAUUCCAAAAUUUAGAGUGAACCGCUGCCUUUUAUAUUUUAAGUGUGUCGUACUGUUGAGGCUGUAAUUGUAUAUAUGUGUAAUACCAAAAAAUGCAUUAUUAUUGUAUAGGAAUUAAUUGAAGUUUAUUUUAUACCUAUGAGUAUGAAGCGUGCUGUGACAUGUGUAUUAGUGUAUAUAGGUGCUUUAUGGCCAUUUAUAAAGGAAACAAUUAGUCGUAAUUUAAGUAGACUAGUCAAAGCCUAGGGAACUGGUGCAAUAUUGCCUUAAAAUAUAACAUACGUUUAUAAGAGAGUCGUAAAUGAGAGUUUUGAGAAAAUGGCUGAAUGCAAGUUUGAUUGUGUGCUGUGUGAAUGUUAUGCAUACCAAGAACUAAAUUAUAACUUAACAUUUUCAUUUGUGUUUUUCUUGAGUUAACUAUUCUUUUCACCCAUGCCAGUUCUGAAUAACUGGGAAAACAAACACUGAUAUUUGCUCAGCUAUCGCCUUUUCUAUCUCUCGGAAACGUUUGAUAAAUAUUCACAUGAAGUUAUUUAUGACUAACUUGUAUAUUGAAACCAAAGAAAUAUUUCGAAAUUACCCUAUCUAUUGGUGAAGGGAACAAAAUUCUCCCAUAAUUAAAUGCAUGCAAUUGACAUCGAACUAUCAUAUUACGUCCUAGCUUGCUCAGCAACAUGAACAACUCUAGUCCAACCGCUGUCUCUUUUAAUCAGAACUUCAACGCCAACACAACAUUUAUCUCGUAGUUGGCCCUCCCUUCUUCUAUUCCUGUCUUUCUCUACGGCUAUCCCCUCUACUUCUUUCUCUUACUGAACGGGGUUUCUCUCUCCCGUCUGGUUAUCCCUUUCUCUCGCCUUCUUCGCAGGGAUGCAGCUGCGAGUGCCACGAGCUUGCAUCGUGUGCGGAGAGAUCCUACUCUUCCUCUUUGCUUAACUUUGCACUGGACUUUUCCCCAGUUGCUCGUUCUUUCUAUGGCGCUCAACGCUCUUUCUAAUCUAUAAUAUCUGUUUUCUUUGAGUUUUCUAUUCGUUAUUGUUUUCUUCCUUGACUCUUUCUUUCGAGGCUCUUGUACUUUCUUCAUUCACGAUUCUUGAGUCUCAAACAUCUCGUAUUUUCAAUUCUAUCGCUUCACUUUCUUCUUGGGAAGGACAAUUAUGGGUUGCAGCUGGUUGAAAAGUCUUAAGUCAACAGAACGCGUUUCUAUGUGAAUUGCAUGGUCGUAAUAAUGGGAGGUGUAAGUCUAUUCAUAUUGUUUCCCCUUUAAUCGGAACUAGCUGUGGUAAGUCCCAGCGAGUGUAUAAUCUAGUCAUGAUAUUACUCUAUCCAGCGGCAAAGUGCUUACAUAGAUAAAUAUUUAUUCGUAGUUGUAUAUUUGAUAUUAUUGUGAAGUUGCUUGAAUGAGUGCGUGCAUGUGUUUCCUGGUCAAUUUCGAGUCAUUUUAUGUGUUAUCUAGUCAAUUCUAAGUGAAAAAUUGGGAUCUUUCAAACCAAAAGAAAACUGUUAUGCAGUUUCUUUUGUUUGAACUGUGUCAGUACAAUAAUUGUUAAACAAUGUUCAUUGGUUGGCCCUGUUAUGUUAUGGUAGCGUUAGCUUUAUUUUAUUGUUAUUUUGUUCAUAAAAUUGAGAAACGACCUUUCUUUGUGACCACCAUUCUGUUUGGAUUGUUGAGAGAUGUUUAAUUUUGAGAGAAUGAAAUGUUAAAUUUGAUAGCAAUCAGAAUUCGUUUGUAUGUAAAACGGGUCUUGUUGCAUAACAUUUUUGUCACAUUUUGUGAGUUAUUUUUUCAGAAUUUUUUCUGGCUUCUCGGGUCGGUCACUUGAAUGUACGGGGCUAAUCUCAUUGUGCCGAAGAAAAAAGUUAAAUCAUUAAGUCGUUUUCAUGUUCAUUUGAAUCAAAAGCUUAUGUAAAUGCUGAUUUGGGUUGUUGUUGGAAGUUUUGCACUAUGAAAUCAUUUUUUAAUCAGACUGAGAGCUGAAAAUGUACCAUCUGCUCUGGCUGUUGAAUUAUGAGUCAAUUAAUUUACACGUUCAAUUACGCAUGUACAACAUUGCGAGCGUCUUAACGCAAGCUACUGUUGGCAUGGUCUCUGCUACAAAAAUGUCAAUUCAUGUCUUGUUUGUACAUAGAAAAAAGUGUAAGUAAACAUAAAUAUGUUGUAACAUCAAAAAGAUAGUGUGAAAAGGUUUCGGUGUAUAAAAACGUUACACAGCUGUGUUUGCAAGCAAUAAAUUAGAGCAAUAACACUGUUUAUUUCAGCAAUAAUAAUCUGUUUAAUAUUAUUUGUUGAGCAAUAAUUACAGGAGAUCUGGUCGUUCCAUCUUCGUACUCCAGUGCUCCGACCGCACGAAAUGCCGGGUAUUCGAAAGCAAUAAAUUCGUAGUAAUACGGGCUACUGUACAGAGCAUAAUACUCUUCAGUGCCCAAUACUUGUAGCAAUACUACUUGUAGUAAUAAUUCUAGUUCAUAUUUACAAAAUCGUGUAAGUUUUACAAAAAAAAAGAGACAAAUUGCAAAAAUGAAAAAAAUAAAAACUGAUGAGUGAGGAAUACAUCAAAUGGGAGAAUGGACGUGUACCUUUGAAACUAUGCACUUUAUUCGAACGUAUUGGAGCUGCAGAAUUAUUCCUUGGAGGAGUGUGGCAAAGAUUGACUGAAAAUGACAUUACUUCUUAGCUAUUACGUAACUGAUAUUGAACAUAUAAUUAUGUGAUUGUCAGUUUGUAUGUCCUGUCAUUCAAAAUAAUUAUGUACAUCAGUUUUUCGUGUUUCUUUUAACAUACCACUCAGAUACUACAAUGCACGAAAUGACUUGAGCGUCACUUAAGUUUCAUUCUCAAAAACUUGGUUCAAAACAUGUGAACAAACCGAUGCUUCGUCUUGUGAUGUAACAUUUCCUUACAAUGGUCGGCAAAUUUCGGCUUGGCCUGGUCAUGGUCGCUUUUUUAGUCUUGUGUAUCUUGCAUCGCUCUUCAAUACUUCAAACAUUGUCAGACACCAAAGUUAGGAAUCUUUUGUUGCGUUUUGCUAGUGUGUGCUACCAAAAAAGGUAUAUUAGAAUAAUUGAAAGCCAUUUGUAAAGCUGAUGUUUCAGAGUUUAGGUCCCUAGUGGAGCAAAAUAGAGUUUUGGUAGUUGGCACCAACCUUGAUUGGUGAUUUGCUGUCGUGACAAUGUCCUGAAGGCAACACAAUGCAAUUAUUCAAUUAUGCUGCCAGCACAAUUUGUGCUUAUAACGUGCUUAGAGCAAUGCCGUUUGAAAGCAUUGAUGCCAUACUGAACCAAAGGCAUUAAUAUAUUAUAUAGGAAAUAACGUUUUUAACGCAAUAUGUAUAUAUCAUGACUAAUUGAUUUCAAUUCGAUAAGUGAGUGUAAAUCUUGUCAUAUAGCAUUAUCUUAUUUGUCUGGUGCAUAACAGUGCCAGAAUAGCAAAUUAAACAUAAACAAAUUAGCAACUUUUCCUCUUACUAGUGUUUUGUUCAUAGAGCAUUUCUCACAUUUCAUUACUUUUCCUGUAUUCCGGUUUCUAUGUUUGCUGAGGACUGAUGCCAUUCUUUGUCUGUCAACUGUAUUGUAUAUUUUGUGACUGAUAUACGAGUUUUCGAACAGUUUUAUUUAUUUAAUAAAUGAAUAUGAUUCAUACCCAACUGAAAUGACUCGUUUUAUUAACCUGAAAUGUAAAGCAUUGAGCGAAGUGUCACCAAAAGUGAGAGAAUAAAUAAUUA